UAAAAUAUAUACUUUCCCGCAAUUUUGUGAUACAACUUAGUUACAUCGUUUCCCCUUGCGAAUAUCAAUAAUACGAAAUAUGUUGAUACAUAUAAAUUAUAUGUUAAAUAUACGUCAGAUAUGGAGAGAUAGCCAAUAUUCAAAAUAGGUUAUUCUGAAUGUGUUAUAACGCACAUAUUAUGUAAUUCAACUUUCUGUUUUUUACAUCGAAAAAUUAGUAUAAAAACGUAUCAACAAAAAAGAUAGGUUUUAUUGUUGAUAUCAAAUGCACGUAUUAACACAUUGUCUAGGUAUUUUUGAAUUUGUAAGUUGAGAUUGUACUAUCUAGUUAGAAGUAAAAAUUUCGAAUCACUUGACUCAUGAGUAAACAUUCUUAUUUAUAGUUUAAUUGCUCAUAUGCAUUUAGCAAACACCUUUAUAUGUCAUUAAAACAGGAAAUGUCAAGAACUUCGUUCCCAUUUUAUAGACCAUUGAAAUCUUAUCUGCAAGUGUGUAAUACUUUAGAUUGUAAAAUUGGUAAUAAACUAAGGUUUUUUACAUAUUUUUUAUGUCCCAUAAAUACUAAACAAUAUACAACAGUGUCUACUAGUCCAUCAGUACAUGUGAAAAUGAGUACUAUCAAGUUAUUGGAUUAUGAUUGUAUUGGCUUUGAUUUAGAUAAUACACUUCUGUCUUACAAUGUGACCAAUAUGGUGCAUUUGAUAUAUGAAACAUUGGCUGAUUAUUUGAUAAAGGAAAAAAGUUAUGAUUCAAAGUAUUUAUUACAAUCAUUGGAAAACAAAGAUCUGGACUUUAUGCAGAAAGGAUUGUUCCUAGAUUUUGAAAAAGGAAAUUUAUUUAGGAUCAGUUCUAAUGGUAUAAUUCAAAGAGCAUGUCAUGGAACUAACUUAUUAACCACUAAACAAAUUAAAGAAAUAUAUCCUGACCAAAGAUGGGAGGCUACAGAUACUUUCUGUAAUGAUAUGCUAUCUACAUGGAAUGGUCCUAUAUCAAUGAAAAUGAGAAGUUUAUUAGAUUAUUUUGAUAUUUCCACAUCUCUAAUAUUUGCAAGAUUAAUAGAUACUCUUGAUGAAAAACAUGAAGGACCUCCAAAUGCAUACAAUGUUUGGCCUGAUAUGUUAGAUGGAUUAAUUGAAAUGUUUAACAAAGAUCAUUUUAAGUUAGAUAAAGGAAAUUUUUUUCCUAGCUUAAAAAAGAAUCCUCACAAUUACAUACAUAAAUGUAAUGAAAGAACUAUAUGUUGGCUUCAAGAAUUAAAGAAACAUUGUAAAACUUUCCUCAUUACUGGAUCAAAUGUUGAUUUUGUUGAUUUUACUGCUACUUAUGCUUUUGGAAAAGAUUGGAAAUCUCUAUUUGAUAUUGUUAUUUGUUAUGCAAAAAAGCCUGGCUUUUUUACUGAACAACGUCCAUUUUAUGAAACUAUAAAUUAUGAAGAGGGUGCAAUGAUAGAAAGUAUAGAUUUGAAACAGGGUAGGAUAUAUAAUGAGGGUAAUUGGAAAGGUCUCAUUGAAUUUCUAAAACAUGAAUCUAAUAAGAAAAACCCUCAAUGUUUGUAUAUUGGUGAUAAUCUUGUACAAGAUAUUUAUGUACCUAAUGCAUAUGUACAAUGUGAUACAAUAGCUGUUAUUGAAGAACAAAUGUCUGAAGGAAUGGUUUAUCAGGGAUUAUCACAUCCAGAUGAAAAAGUGUUAAACUCCACAUUUUGGGGUUCUUACUUCUGCUUGAAAGAUUCUAGGGUUAAUAUGGACUCUUUAUGGGGUCAUGUUAUAAAAAAAUACUCAAAACUUUGUAUACCAACAGUAGAUGUAAUAGCUCAAGAGCCAUUAGAAAAAUCUUAUGUAUGUUUUAAUGAAAAUGGGAAAAAAUAUGAUGGAUAUUAUCCUGCUGUACCUCUCAGUCUAUCAACUUUCUAAAGUUUUAUGUUAUACGUAUAAUACCAGCUAUCAAGGAACAGUUGCAACAUUUAUUAAAGCCCAAAAGACCAUUAAUACAUACCGAGCGUACAUUUAAAACAAAACGUGCUGAACGAAGGCAACAAGAAGGGCUAGCAGCAGUGGAGA